GCUGCCCUCGCCGCCACUUUCACCAAGCCUCUCACCGAGGUCAUCCGGCCCCAACGCUUCGCCCAGUACAUCGGCCAGGAUCAUCUUCUAAACUCCACAGACGGCGAGAUCUCCAACUUCUUGCGGCUCGGCUACCUCCCGUCCAUGAUUCUCUGCGGGCCGCCCGGGGUGGGCAAGACCAGUCUCGCCAGGCUUCUUGCCGACGAGGCGAACUAUGUAUUUGCCGAGUUUUCGGCCACGCUGUCGACGGUGGCAGACGUCAAGGAGCUCCUGUGUGCCAUCGAGGCCGAGAACCUCAAGAGGCUGCGCCAGCACGUCUCGCGGCUCCGCGUGCUUGUGUUCAUCGACGAGCUCCACCGGUUUUCCACCGUGCAGCAGGACUAUCUUCUACCGUUCAUCGAAAAAGGAACGUUUGUCUUUGUGGGUGCCACGACGACAGACGCCCACAAACGCGUCCGGCGCGCCGUGCUCUCGCGGUGCCACUUGUUCACGCUCGUGGCGCCCGCGGACCGCCACCUCCUGGAGGUGGUCCACCGGGCCAUUCUUUACGAGAACAUCCGGCGCAAGGUGACGCAGAAACUCUGCUUCUUGGCCUACUCCGGCCUGGCCGUGCAGGCCGUGGUCAAGUAUGCCAGUGGCGACAUGAGAAGCGCCGUGAAUCUCAUUGAGAUUCUCAGUGCCCGCCUCAGUUCCGCAGCCUAUAGGACCACCGGGCCUGGUGGCAGUUCGCCCGUGGAUGCCCCGGCAGUGGCCGAGGCCAUCGCCACUCUAAGCAAGGCGCGGCUCGGGCUCCACUCCGAGCACAACCUCCCUCUUCUCUCCCAUCUUUUGCGGUGCUUGAGAUACCCUCAAAGCCACCAUACAGAGGAUAUCCCAGCGGCAGUAGAAGGGGCUGGUGGCGGUCUGCUAGAAACGUGUCCGGGGGCUGGAGAUGCAGAUUCGGAUUUGGAGAGCUGGUUCGAUGAGGCCGACCGGCCUAGGUACGAGGGCGAGGAUCCCAAGACAAAGGCCUGGGCCGACCACACUGUCUUUUCGGAUGACGACGAGGCAGCGCCCGGCCCCGUAUAUUCCGACGACGAGAGGCAUGUGCCCAUCGAAAGCACAGACUUGUCCCGCCACUCGGCGUCCAAAUUCAGAGUCCUCUCGGCAACACACGCGUGCUUGCAAUUGUUCAGACGAGGCGAGGCUCCGCUAAGCAUCCUCAAGUAUCUUCUUUUGUUUACUUGCACACAUGCGUUCCCCAAAAAAAACGAGCUAAUCAAGGUGCUCUCUGUUCUCAAGGCGGUGCAAAAAGCAGGGAAGGGCGCCGAGCAGCUUUUGCUAAACUGCGUAGAAAGACUAGCCGGGACU